CUUGAUGCUAACCUGCGGCUUUCUCUGCAGUUCACAGCCAAGCAGCUGGAGAAGCUCGCCAAAAAAGCCGAGAAAGACUCCAAGGCCGAGCAAGCCAAAGUCAAAAAGGCCCUUCAGCAGAAGAAUGUGGAGUGUGCCCGUGUCUACGCAGAGAAUGCCAUCCGCAAGAAGAACGAGGGGCUUAACUGGCUCCGCAUGUCUUCCCGGGUGGAUGCAGUGGCCUCCAAGGUCCAGACAGCAGUGACAAUGAAGGGGGUGACGAAAAACAUGGCCCAGGUGACCAAGGCCUUGGACAAGGCUCUGAGCUCCAUGGACCUGCAGAAGGUGUCUGCGGUGAUGGAUAAAUUCGAGCAGCAGGUUCAGAAUUUGGAUGUUCAUACGUCGGUCAUGGAGGACUCCAUGAGCUCCGCUACCACGCUGACCACGCCGCAGGAGCAGGUGGACAGCCUCAUUGUCCAGAUUGCGGAGGAGAAUGGCCUGGAGAUCAUGGACCAGCUCAACCAGCUCCCCGAGGGGGCUUCGGCAGUGGGGGAGAGCUCAGUCCGCACCCAGGAAGACCAGCUGUCGCGGAGGUUGGCCGCCUUGCGGAACUAAGGUCUCCUGUCUCCCCUGUGGACUGCUGCCCUGCACUGGUGGUACGGCGUGUGGGGUGGAGGGGCCCGGGACUCCUUCCCCACCUCU